AUGAAUCGAGAGGCUUUCGACAUCCAGCCCAUCGGCCGCUUCUAUGCAUCUAGUGCUGCAAUUCGGCGGCCCAGGGAAAUCAUAUGUUUCUCCUACGAUGACCAACACAUCUUUCAUCUUGGAGACUCAUCCCUGCGGUACUACUACCCACCGCAGCUGCCGGCGGAUCUGAACCGCGGAUUUGACACUUUCCAGAAGUUGGAAGAUACAGCAGAUGAACAUCUAGAUGCUUUGCUGGAAACCAUCGCUGCUUUGGAGAAGGAGACUGGAAAGCAAUGUGAGGCUGAUAUUAUCACUUGGCGAGGGAUGAUGACCAAGAUCCUCACAGCGCCAUUUGACGAUAUGAAUGGAUUCGAAAUGAACGCGACAUGCUUUCAGGGAACUAUAUUCAUCGAAGAGAACAAUUCCUACAAGAACGAGCAGAAGCGGAAACAACAGCAGCAAAGAAUGCCACCAGGGAUGCCUUCCCAGGAUCUAAUGGCGUAUUGGGGCUACAAGUUUGAAACCAUAUCCGUCCUCGAUAAAACAUGGGAUGCAGCCACCAGAGAAGAGAUUGAGGGCCGCGAAGACCUUGUUGUGAACAACAACGCCCAAUACUGCUCAGUUGCGCGCACCGGAAUCGGUCAUACAAAACUUAUCCUCGGCGGCGAAGUCGAUGCCAGUACGUUAUCUCCCGUAAUACUGCCGAACCUUCGAAAGUGUGCCUCUAACCGCAAACUGGCAGUUUGGGACAGUAAACCAGACCGCAAGGAAGACCCCAUCAAUUGGGUGGAGCUCAAAACCUCUGCCGAGAUCAGAAAUGACAAGGGCAUGCUCAAAUUCGAGCGGAAACUCCUCAAGUUCUGGGCGCAGUCCUUUCUUCUUGGGGUUCCCAGGAUUGUCGUAGGAUUCCGCGACCAGGACGGGAUUGUACGGCGCUUGGAAGAGUUCGAGACAGCCAAUAUCCCGAGCAUGGUGAGGAAAUCAGGUCGUGGGACCUGGGAUGGGAACAUUUGCAUCAACUUCGCCGCCACGUUUUUGGACUGUAUGUUGCACCGCCUUCAUAUGAUUUGUCUUUUGAGCGCGCACUGA